CGACGGCAUUCCGAGUUCAAGCAAGCGUUGGUGGCGCAUAUCGUUCACUUUUAUAGCUAGAUAAUCAGCACGGGCGCCUCGGGCUCGGAGAAUAUGCUAUUCCUCACGUUCUUUCGUUUGCGUGGUUCCUACUUUCCACCGUAUGGGGACAGGUCAGGUGGUCAGUCAUCGAGCAGAAGAUAUAUAGAGCGCCUAUGUUCGUUUCUUCACUUCGAGUCCACAAUGACCCAGGAAUACGACAUCAUCUUCGUUGGAGGCGGCACAAGCGCUUGCGUAACGGCUGGACGCCUGGCUGCUGCCGAUCCCUCACUCAAGAUCCUCAUCCUUGAAGCAGGCCCCCAUAUCCUAAACGUCCAAGAUCACGUCCAGCCAGCUCGUUACUUCCGCAAUUUGGCUGAGCAAAAAGAAGUCUUCACGUUCCAUGUGGGCAGGCCCAGUGAGGCUAUUGCCGGUCGGUCUCCCGUUGUUCCGUCCGCUAAAUGCGUGGGAGGAGGGUCGGGUGUUAAUUUCCUUAUGUAUACGCGAGCAGCUGCAUCUGACUUUGAUGACUGGGAAAAUUUGUAUGGAAAUUCCGGAUGGGGUUCAAGUGACUUGAUUCCCUUGGCGAGGAAAGUGGAAAACUACCCAGGCGGUACCCGGUUCGAAACUCACGGUACCGGUGGCCCUAUCAACGUCUCCACUGAGAAUAUCGCAGGUGAUUUUGGAAAACAAUAUCUUGCUGUAGCAGCAAAGUACGAUUCGGACCGCGGUUUCAUUGCUGAUCCCAAUGGUUUCAAGACGUGCAAUGGGUAUGGACCUUGGCAGAAGUUCAUCAACCCAGCAUCUGGAAAACGGUCCGAUACCGCACACCACUUUAUCUAUAACCAGGAACAUAACCGGAACCUGAAGGUAUUGGACAAGCAACGAGUUGUACGGGUCAUUUUCGACGAACAACGCGCUGUUGGCGUGGAGUAUACCGAUGAAGGUGUUGACAUUCGAGAAGAUACGGUUCGACAAGCGUUCGCCUCGCGUCUCGUCGUGGUGUCUGCUGGUGCCUUUGGCUCUCCGUCCAUCUUGGAAAGAUCGGGAAUUGGAGCUACAGAAAUUCUGCACAAGAACGAUAUACCACAGGUUGUUGACCUCCCGGGAGUGGGAGAGAACUAUAAUGAUCAUAACUGUCUCUUCGUUCCUUAUUGCACUGAUGAGACAAGUGACACCCUGGAUGAGAUAUUCCACGGCGACCCUACCUUGUAUGCUGAACAAUGGAACAAAGACGGAAAGGGCUUAAUGGCGUCCAACGGUCUCGAUGCCGGGGCAAAGCUCAGGCCGAACGAAAGGGAUCUGAAAAUCCUUGGACCGACGUUCACCAAUCGAUGGAACAGCUUCUUUGUCAACGCUCCCGAUAAACCGGUGGUGUGGGUUGGACCGCUGUCUGCUUACGUCCUCCUCGAUCCUCCACGACAACCCGGACGCAAGUUCUUCUCUAUGGCUUACUACACGGAAUACCCCGUCUCCACAGGUCGAGUGCACAUACAAGCCGGCCUCAACCCGUAUGCUCCUCUCGACUUGACAACCGGGUUCCUCGAUGAUCCUGCAGACCUAGCCACUUUGAGAUGGGCAUACAAACACGGUAGGGAACUUGCUCGACGCAUGGAAGCCUAUCGCGGUUGUUUCGGGCCGGGACAUCCUCAGUUUCCCGAAGGGAGCAAGGCGGCUGUGGAUGUGGGAGCACAAGGUCCAGUAGCGAUAUCUGCGCCGGACAUCCGGUAUACGGAUGAAGACGACGAAGCGAUUGACGUAUACCAUCGUCUAAAUGUGCAAACCACUUGGCACUCGCUCGGGACAUGUGCGAUGAAGCCUCGGGACCAAAAUGGAGUCGUCGAUGCGCGUCUGAACGUCUAUGGCGUGCAAAAUCUCAAAGUCGCCGAUAUGAGCAUCGCGCCAUCAAAUGUCGGUGCGAAUACAUAUAACACGGCGCUAAUCAUUGGAGAGAAAGCCGCGGUAAUCAUAGCGGAGGAUUUAGGGAUCAAAGGCGUUUAAUGAUAACGGAACAGACGUAAAUGUAUAUGUGCAUUUGGGAUCAAAGUUUUGACGCGUGAUGUCACGCGUCGACAUCGCGUUAAUUAUUGCUAGCCAGAUGCUCGGUCCUUUG